AUGGUGAAGAUCACCAACACCGGGCACUUCCCCGCAUCUUUCCGUGUCGAUGGAUAUGUCCUGUAUAACACAGGCUUCAGUGUGUGCCUGGAGUGUGUGAAGCACCUGCCCUCCUGUGAGAGCAAGACAUUUGAAGUGUGCUUCGACCCACAAAGUGCCAACGUGCCCCUGGGAAAAGUGGAUGUGCUCCUGCCCAUCAAGGUCAGAGGAGGCCCCACAUUCCAGGUCCGCCUCCGUGCCAUGGUGGCUGAGCCGUCCCUCUGCGUGUCCAGGGACAGGCUGGAGUUCUCUGCUGUCCAGUGUGGGCAGUGCCAGGAAGAAACCAUCCAGCUCCACAACACGUUCCAGGUCCCCUGUAAAUGGUCCAUCAGCAUGACUGAUCCUGUUCAGGAGGUGGACAAACAUCUGCCAGGGAGCGAGCACCAGAAGCUGCUGGAGGAGAUGAAGUCUGUGCCCUGUGGCUUUGAGGUGCUGCCCUCAGCUGGAAGCCUCGCUCCAGGACAGCAGUGCCACGUCCAAGUCCGUUUUUCACCCACGGAAGAGAAGUGCUACCGGGGCGAGCUGCAGAUCCAGAUUUGCCAGAGCAGCCAACGCCUGCAGGUGCCGCCCCUACAGACACCGAAAAAUGACAACAGCCCCAACAGCUUGUUGCUGCCUCCGUGUGCCCCGGGAGAGAAGCUGACUGAUGAGGCCCAAGGAAGGGGCAUAAAAAUGAAGGUUGACGUUGUGGAUCCACCAGGAAAGGUGGUGAAGCUGGGAAACGUCUGCAUUGGACAGACGGUGAAGAAGAUGGUCACCGUAGCCAACAAGAGUGCAGCCCCUCUCACCUUUAAGCUGAGGGUCACGUCCACCGUGCCAGAGUUGCAGGAAGCUGGGGUUCUGUGCUUGAAGCCCAGCAAGGAUCUAAAGCUGAAGGGCAGAGGAGACACCUGCAAAGUGGAGGUGACCUUCUCCCCGAAGCGCCGCAUGCAGCCGUUCAGCGGGGAAGUGCUGCUGGAGUGCCGCGGGCUGGUGCGCUCCCUCUGUGUGGUGCGUGGCUCCUGCCAGGGCAGCCUCGUGAACCUGGACCAGGACCAUCUCAGCUUUGGAGCCGUGGUGCAGCAGAGCUACACGUGCCGGCGCGUUGUCAUGCGGAACGCGGGCGACACAAGAGUCAGGUUUAUGUGGGACGCGGAGAGCUUCAAGCCAGACUUUUCCAUCAGCCCCACAAAGGGUUACAUCAGCCCAGGGAUGGAUGUCCCCUUGGUUGUGACCUUCCGCCCCUCGAAGCUGAGCCAGGCUGUCCAGUACAAGGGGCUGCGGUGCUUCAUCCAGGGCAGUGAGGCGCUGCGGCUUACGCUGGCAGGAUCCUGCGUGGAGGCCCCUGGCCCCAAAGAGACGCUGACUUUCAUCUGCAAUGUGCGUGAGAGGCAGAGCCAGACCAUCCUCCUGUCCAACCCGAGCAGCGAGGCCUGGACCCUGCAGCCCAUCAUUGAGGGGAAAUACUGGAAAGGGCCUGAAUUGAUCCAUCUGGAGGCCAGGCAAAAAGAAAAGGUCUACCAGGUCACCUACAGACCCCUAACCAUGAGCUCUGAGAACAAGAAGCACCAGGGCUCCAUCUUCUUCCCCCUGCCGGACGGGACAGGCUUACGCUACCACCUGGAAGGAACUGCUGAAGCCCCCAGGUGUUCAGGGGCCAUUUCCCGGCAGGUUCCAUGCAGGAAGUGCCACACGGAGCUCAUCCCUGUGUCCAACUGGCUGCACAGACCACAGAGGUGA